AUGGUGUACAAAAAUCCAAUUAUUCCGGGUUUUGCCCCGGACCCUUCAAUAGUCCGCAUCGAGGACACAUUCUAUCUUGUUAACUCGUCUUUCCACCUCUACCCGGGACUGCCAAUCUUUGCGUCAAAAGAUUUGAUCGCCUGGCGACAUAUCGGUAAUGCCAUUCAUCGACCAACACAACUGUGUCUUUCGCAAAGCGGCACGAAACCAAAUUCUGGCGGUGACGAUUCUGGUGAAAAAGCCCCGGUAACAGGGGGACUCUACGCCCCCACGAUUCGGCAUCACAAUGGCGUAACUUACAUAGUUUGCACAAAUGUCAUCUACAAUCCGAAAAAAGAUGAAGGAGACUGGGUAUCGGGUCUCAAAUUCCAAAACUUCAUCAUCUCUACGGCGGAUAUACAAGGCGGUCAAUGGUCUGACCCGGUCUACUUUGAUCUUCACGGAAUUGACCCCGAUUUAUUCUUUGAUGACGAUGGUAGAGCUUAUAUCUCAGGUUCAUCCUGGACACCGUCUCCAUCCUGCUGCAUCAGUUGUUUCGAGAUAGACCUCGUCACAGGUCGAAGGAUGACGCAGGAAAGGGUCCUCUGGCAUGGCUUUACUCGAAUCAUCCCUGAGGGCCCCCACAUCUACAAGCGAGACGGAUACUACUUCUUGCUCACUGCGGAGGGGGGAACACACGAUGGGCAUUGUAUCAGCAUUGCGCGAGCUCCAAGUAUCUGGGGUCCGUACGAGUCUUGUUCCCGAAACCCAAUUCUCCCGCCAACAGCGGAGCAAAACCAAUCUGCAUUCUGCCAAUUCAACGGACACGGAGAUUUGGUACAGGAUUUCCUCGGCGAUUGGUGGUUAGUAUGUCUUGGUGUACGGAGAGACCGAGCAGGGAGAAUGGUUCUAGGCCGUGAGACGUUCCUGGCUGCUGUAGACUGGCAGGACGGGAAGAGUUGGCCACGAAUUCAGCAGCCGAUUCCGCGGGUAUUACGGCGGAUUCCCGUGGGCUGCAAAGCGGGAUUGGAGGAUGAUAGUUGUUUCUUGCCUUCCUGGCCUGUUGGGCCAGUCCCUUCACCGCUCUCGCCGAAAACAGACUUAGUCUGGAUUCGCGACCCAGACUUCAGUCGUUGCCAAGUAUCGCAAGAUACCAAAGAGAUUUCGCUUCUGCCAUUGCCCACAGAUCUGGGGCAAUGUACGGGGGGCUCAACAGCCUUUGUUGGUCGAAGAAUACGGCGGCUUGAAGGGGUCGCGACGGUUGAUUUACUUGUAUUGCCUACUUUAGAGCACAUUGAAGGAGCGAAGAUAGGGUUGGCUUACUACAAGGACGAAUAUCGAUAUGCCAGGAUACUGUAUGAGCCAAGUGACCAUGUGAUCGUUUUUGACAUGGUGAACCACUUGAAAGAUCCUCCCAUCCUGAUGUGUUCCAGAGUCAAAGCGAACAGUGCACAGGUUACGAGGAUUCAGUUUCGAAUAUUUUAUACGGAACAUCUUAUACAUUUUUUGUAUCGGCUAGGAGAGGGUGAUAAAUGGAAUAGAUGGCAAUCGCAUGGGUUGGUCGACGCAUUGGAUUUGACUGGAAAAGACUUCACGGGGCCAGUGAUUGGAAUUUUCGCCAUUGGGAAUGGAGGCGAGCGGUGUAAUUUUGAUAAUAUAGAUAUUUAA